GAGAGGGAAGGGAUAGCGGGAUAGAGGUCGACAGUGCCGUGUGGCUCGCCAGCAGUUGAUCGUGUGAUCGCGUGGACGCCACACCUGGGCCCAGAGGUUAACUUCCACAGGGAGCGUGGCUCACACCUCCGCUACACCUCACUCCGUGUCGGUGGGGACCCCCUCCAAAACAAAACAGAAAAAGAGAGUGUCGGUUUAGGCGGUCAUGCCAGUAGACGUCGCGGUGACAACAUAGUGCCACUCAGGUGACACAAUGUCUAACAGCAAACGGCUGUCCGGUCCCCCGGAUCCGGGCCAACCGGACCGCGAACGAGGUGACAGACCCAAACCGUACGGCACACAGGUUUUUGACUCCAAAAACAUGAAAUAUGGCUCCCAACUGGGCCGCCCUGUGGGUGACGUGCCUCCAGGUGCCCCGGGUCGGGACGAAGGCCGCAGAGCACAGAUGCCAGUGUCUGGCACCUCCGGUCGCCAGCCCACGAGUGAUGGAGCCGAGCAACCCACAAUAGGUGGAUUGCCCCUGACCCAACCCACAGGGGGGAGGAGACGCCAAAGCAGUAUGGGCGCCGGUCGACGCAGUAGCCUCGAUAAUUCGCGUGCUGGAAACGUGGAUGGAGGGAAAAGUGCGCAGGGCAGUGCUCGAGGAGGAAGCGUAGACAGUGAAGAUCAGGAGAAAUCCAAAGCUGAUGAUGGUGGGGAAAGUGGGGACCUCCAGCAAGAACCGGACAGGGAACAGGCGAUUCAGAAACAACGGACUCGGGUGAUGAUGUUAAGUUCCAAGGGGGACUGGGCCGCCUUGGACCAUGCCCUCAAGAUGCUGGAGAAACUCGCGCCAGAUCCAGUUAUAGGCGAGCCCAAGGCUCCCUACAUGCCUCUCAAGGACCUCAUGGAGGAGCCCAGAGAGCAGACAGCAGCGCACCUGGUGGCGAACCGCAGCACGGGAGCAGCAGUGGCGCUUAUCAAGACCGUCCUCAUGCACGCCAAGCAGGACCUCAGACUCGUCAAGGACAGCCGGGGAGACAUUCCCCUCUUCCUGGCGGUGGAGGCGAGCCACCAGGGGCUGGUCCGGGAGCUGGUCUUCCACCACGGCUCAGACCAGGUGAAGUCGGUCCGCGGCCUCUCCAGAGACACCGCCCUCCACAUCGCCUGCCGGAAAAAAGACACGGAUAUGGUCCGAAUCCUGGUCGAGGCGGGCUCCAACACCGACGCCCAGAAUUCGGCGGGACAGACGCCACUCCACAUUGCCGCUGAAGAAGGAGACGAGCCCACCGUCAAGUUCUUCUACACCGUCCACGCGAACCCCAACAUCAUGGAUAAGUUUGAUCGCACGCCCAUCCACGUGGCGGCGGAGAACGGCUUCACGCCCGUCGUCGACCUCCUGGCGGAGAAAUACAAGGCUUCAGUGAUGGACCGGACCAAGGAUGGUUCGACAUUAGUGCAUAUUGCCUCCCUACACGGCCACCCUGACACCGUCAUGGCCUUCCUCAGGAAAGGUGUGCCCCUACACAUGCCCAACAAGAGCGGGGCGCGGUGCAUACACACAGCAGCUCAGCGUGGACACGUUGGCGUUGUCAACGCCAUCCUGCACAAGGGAGAGCACGUCGAUGUCACUACCAACGACGGCUACUCCGCCCUCCACAUAGCUGUCAAGGCCGGCAAACCAGCGAUGGUGGAAGCUCUUCUGGGCCACGGCGCCGACCUCACCAUGCAAGGAGGAACCGGAAGGGAGUCUGCUCUUCACCUGGCGGCGAGGGUCAAGGACGGGGAGAAGUGCGCCGAGAUGCUCCUCAAGUCCGGCGCCGACGCCAACUUGCCCAAGGACGACGGCCAGACGCCCCUCCAUCUAGCGGCUUACAACGGUAACUUGAAGACUCUCAAGCUUCUACUCGAGGACGACAGUGCUAAGCCACUAAUACAAUCCAAGGCCGGAGAGACGUCGCUGCACUUGGCGUGCUCGUCUUGUCGGGUGGAAGCGGCCAAGAUGUUGAUUGAACAUGUUCUUAAGAAGAGUGGCAAGGAAGCUGUCGCUAAGAUGGUGAACACAAAGAAUAACCUGGGAGAAACGGCGCUCCACUACGCCGGGAGAGUCAACAAGAAGAACGCCACGUACAAGGCCGGUGAGGACAGGGAGAUGGCCAACCUCCUCCUCACCAACGGGGCUCACCUUAUGGUCGUCACCACCAAGAAUUCCGAAACUCCCAUCCACUAUGUGUCAACAUCUGGCAAUCAGGCUGUCUUGGAUGAGAUGCUUCAGUUUGCCCCCCAAGACAAGGUCAGUGCCAUAGGAGAAAGUUCUCAUCCCUCCCCCCUACAGGUUCAGAAACUUGUAAACAUGCAGUCGACGAAGGGCUGGUCCCCGUUGCUGAACGCCGCUGAGAACGGCCAUGAAGGGAUUGUUGCAACGCUGCUCGAUCACCACGCUAGAGUCGACGUGUUCGACAGUGAGGGGAAGGCAGCGCUCCAUCUGGCCGCAGAACGUGGCUACAAGCUGGUGUGUGACGCCCUCCUGACGCAUAAGGCCUUCGUCAACGCCCGUAGCAUGUCCGGGCUGACGGCGCUGCAUCUGGCGGCCAUGAAGGGCUACAACGAGCUGGUCCGCGCCCUCAUCACCAAGCACCACUCGCAGAAGGAAGCCCUCACUCUGACGAAGCAGACGCCGUUGCAUCUCGCGGCGGAGGAGGGGCAGCUGGAGGUGUGCGACACUCUGCUACAGCUCGGGGCGGACUACAACGCCACUACUGACGCAGGGCAGAAGGCCGUCCACGUCGCGGCCAUGCGCAACAACUCCGAGGUGGUGAAGCUUUUUCUCAAGACUUCUCCUGAGCUGGUCACCACCGCCGACAAGGACGGCAACACCUGCGCGCACAUCGCAGCGCUGCAGGGGUCGGUGGACGUGGUGAGGGAGCUCAUGAGACACAACAGAGGCGUGGUGAUCAACGGUAAGAACCGCGUCGGGGAGUCCACGACGCUGCACCUGGCCGCUGAAGGAGGUCACGCCAACCUCGUCAAGUUCCUCAUUGAGAACGGCGCCUCGCCCAAAGCUGAGAACGGCGCGGGGUUCACAGCAGUGCACCUGGCAGCGAGGUACGGUCACAUACAGGUAUUGGACACCUUGAGGGAGGUCACCAGCUUGAGGAUAACGAGCAAGAAGCUGGGUCUCUAUGCCCUUCACGUCGCUGCUCACUACGGUCAAACAGAGAUCGUGCGAGAGCUGCUGACUCACAUUCCAGCCACGAUCAAGUCGGAGCCGCCCAUUUUGAGCGGUGGGCGGCCUUUCCUGCCCGACCUGGGGGCGGAGGCUGACCUCACCCCCCUCCACUUGGCCGCCCACCAGGGUAACGAAGGCGUCGUCAGGAUACUCUUUAACAUCCCCGGGGUCCAACCUGACGUUACUUCCCGACUCAACGGCUACAUCCCUCUCCAUCUGGCCUGCAUCGGAGGCCACACAUCCGUUGUGGGGCUCCUUCUCUCCAAGUCCACGAAGCAGGUGGCCAAGAUGGACAAGCGUGGCCGGACGGGGCUCCAUCUAGCGGCUAUGCAUGGUCACUAUCACCUGGUGGCCCUCCUCAUGGGCCAGGGGGCCGAAUUAGGGGCCAAGGAUAGAGAUGGCCUCACGCCUCUCCACUACAGUGCCAGGGCGGGACAACUGGAGGUGGUGAAGCUCCUGGUGGAGGCAGGGGCGUCGCCGGAGGACAAGUCCACGGAGGGUAAGACGCCCAUCACCUUCGCCGUGGCCAGCGAGCACGUCGACGUCUACAACUACCUCAUCAACAAGAAACACGACUCGUACAAGCUCCUGGAGGAUAAGAAGUACGUGCACGACCUGACGCUGAUGAGUAAGAAGCACGGACACUCACCUCUGGAGGAGUUCAUCCUCCUCUCUCCUGCACCGGUCGACCUGGCCACCAAGCUAGCCCACACGCUUCUCAUACUCUCAGACAAGGAGAAGGAGAGCAGCAGAGACCUGCUGGAGGCGUCGCUGUUCAGCGAGGCUCUGGCCACGGAGCUGGUGGCUAUCUCCGCCGCCAGCUCCUCCCCAGGGCUGCUCCUUAGGGCCGUCGACAACAGGAAUGUCGUCCUUCUAGACUCCCUUAUCGAGCACGAGCAGAAAGAGGUGAUCGCCCAUCCAGCGGUACAGAGGUACCUGUAUGAUGUGUGGAUGGGAAGCCUUGAUUGGCCUGCCUGGAAGAUGGUCAUGAUGUUCUUCGCCUUCCUGUUCUUGCCUCCAGUCUGGAUCUUCUUCAGUAUGCCGCUGGGACACAUGUACAACGAGGUGCCCAUAGUGAAGUUCAUCGCCUACCUUGUGUCGCAUCUCUACUUACUGAUGCUAAUGAUCAUCUCUGUGGUCACGCCUCUCAGCCCAAUCUGGGAGAACACCAACCUCAUACCCAACUGGUACGAAUGGCUGCUCCUGCUGUGGCUGAGCGGCAACCUGGUGAUGGAGCUCACUAACCCAGGGGACAUCGCUGGCCUGGGCUGGAUUAAGGUCUUCGUGCUGGUGUUCAGCGGCUUGGGCAUCCUGGUGCACCUGGUAGGGUUCUUCUAUCUGGGGGACACCGAACUCAUCCCAGAGAUGCUGUACAUCAGGAACAACUUUCUGGCCAUUGCGACUCUUCUGGCGUCCGUGCAACUCUUGGACUUCCUCUCGUUCCAUCACCUCUUCGGUCCCUGGGCCGUCAUCAUCGGUAAGCUGAUGGUGGACCUGGGCCGGUUCUUGGUCAUUCUCGCCAUCUUCGUCUUCGGCUUCUCCAUGUACGUGGCUGCCAUCUACAACCCCAUCAGACCCAUCUAUAGUGAGCUGAACAUGACUAGUGAGAACACGGGCUAUCCACCAGCAGAGGCGCCUAUCCAAACACCGCUACAGACGGGGGAGAUGCUGUUCUUCUCUCUCUUCGGGUUGGUUGAGCCAGACUACAUGCCUCCCUUCUACAGCCACCCCUCCUGGAGCCAGUCCCUCAUGAAGAUCGUGUUCGGGAUCUACCAGAUGGUGACGGUGGUCGUGCUCAUCAACCUCCUCAUCGCUAUGAUGUCCGACACCUACCAGAGGAUCCAGGCUAAGAGCGACACCGAGUGGAAGUUCGGCUUAGCCAAGCUGAUCCGGAACAUGAGUCGGACCUCCGGAACCCCCUCGCCUCUGAACUUGCUCGUUAAGCUCAUUGUUUAUAUUGUAGCCGUCUUCAAGUUCAAGUGCAACCUGUGUUCAGACAAGGCAAUGGAGUACAUGAGAACGGAGGGACGCCCGGAGGACCCUCACCAAGCUGACCUGAAGACUGAGUUCGGUGGAGGCUGGAUCAAGAAGCUGAGAUCGCGAAGCAAAGCCAGUAUUAUGCCACAGAGCACAGAGAACCUGGUUCCCCUGAGCAACAUGGAGGGUUCCCAGGGUGUGAGGAGGAUUGAGAACGUGAUCAAGUGGAGCCGCGUUGUAAACAGAUACCGGAUUAUGCACCGGAAGGAGGUCCAGCCGGGGGAGGAAGCUAACCCGGAGCUGCCUACAGACUCCGUUGAAGACUUGCAGAACGAAGCCAUGCUGAACGGAGGAGUCGAAAACUCGGAGCAGUCUUCCACGGCGUGAGCACCGUCAAGUUUCGCAGUGUUCCCUUAGUGGCCACAAGUACCCAAGGGGGCAGAGUAGAGUCCCCCUCUCGCGUGUGUAGAGUUUUGUUUACAUGGUCUAAUGAUGACAUGAACAUUUCAGCAUCAGGAGAGUUACGGGAUUCAAAGGGCGAGCAAAUCCUGAAGUCACACUGAUGAGUGGAUCACACACUGCCUGAGGUGUGGACAUAACUAAGAUGUAAAUUAUAAUACCAUAGAUGCCAAUGAAAGAAUUUUAUACUUGAGGUUCUCAAUAUAAAAC